AUGUCACACAACGUAUAUAACAACGACUACGACGCCGAUGACGACGACGAUGGCAGCCAAAUAAGACCUUCGAAAGUAAUCUUGGAAGAUGAUGAUGAAGUUCAAGACUGGAAAUUAUUAGGUCAGCCCCAAAAUCGUGGCCCACAAGCUUCCAUAUGCAAGUCAUCUUCAAUAACAACAACAACAAAAACAACAACAAACGCAACUGCUGCUAUUGCUACUGCUACUGCCGCUGCACCACUGGCAUCAUCCUCAAUUCCACGACGCGGAGAAAAAGAGUUUGAACCCGAUGGCACACAGGUUCAGAUAUCCUCACUUGAGGAAUCUCAAAAUGCAAUGUUUAACGCACUACUGAAUACACGGGGUCACCACUUGAGACAGAAACUUGUUGGAGUUUGGUCUAUGCGUCUUCAAGAAUGUUUAAUAUUCAAUAUCAGAGGGAAAUUCUUCCAAGACAUGGGUGCUGCUAAAGGAUCAGUAGUAUACUUGAAUGCCGUCGAGACGGUGUACUUGUGUGAACGUGGAAGCUUAGUUGUGUACUUGUCAAAUGAUGAAUUUGAUCUAUGGCUUACGGGCAGUAUGGAACCAGAGGAUUUUGAUGUUGAAACCAAAUUGAUGGCUUUGGAUUUGGAAUUUUUAUACUGCUUAACAAAAAUCAAUUUGUCGAAGUAUCUAGUCUACUCGCACCUCAAACGAUUAGGCUAUAUUGUGCUUGAGCAUCACAAUGAGAUAAAAUCGGCAUCGGAAUUUGACAUUAAAGAGGAAACUGAGUUGGAAGACGUAUCAUUUUGGAAAUUACCAAGAAAAUGGGGAGUACUAUCGUACCCAGCAUUGCAUAAUAGACAUAUGUCCACGGCCAAUUAUUUCAAAUAUACGCCAAUAUUUAAAGCCAUAGCUAUACAACAUUUGAAGAUAGCGGAAUCCAAAAACAGCCUGCAGCACUCUAAAUUGCAAUUAACUUAUAAUGUGUGGAAACCAACACCUUCAUUUUCCAAGAAAAACCCACCAAAACCAGAUUUUCAAUUAGUUGUUGUGGAUGCAGAAAAGACACCUAUGUAUUUAUCGUACGCACAAAUCAAUAAUCUUCAACAACAGUUGGCACAAAUAGAGGUACUGGAUAAACUGCAAACUAAUAAAAACCCUAAACCAUCAGUCAAAAAGAAAGAACCACGCGUAGAAUCCAAGAAGCAAAUACAAGCAAAGAGGAAUGCAGAAAGGCAAUCCAAAUUGGAUAUUUCCAUACAAGAGAGAAAUACGUAUUUGAGGAAAAGAGAUGAGAGUUGGAAAAAUGGAUUUGAUAAAGUGAUUGCGGCAGUUGUAAACCAAGGUCUAAUAAGUUUUGUUCAGUUGUCAUCUGGCAAUUUCAGGUGUUUGGAAAGUGACGCAAAAAAAGUAUUGGAUCUGAUAUAUCCCGAAAGAGAUCAUUCGUUAGUCUACAAUGAAAUAUGA